UGUCAGCGGGUGGGGUCCUGUUGAGGCGCACGCGCAAAGCAAGGAACAAGCUAGCCCGCCCGCUGCGCGACUAACAGACUACAGCGAAAAAGUGGAAAAUCGCGUCGUCAUCGUUGUAGUGUCUGCACCAGAUGAGACGAGCGAGUCCUGAAACCUCCUCAAGACGACAAUCUUAAACCGUCGAGUCUUUGGACCAUUUUUGUCACCUUCGUUCGUUAGUGGCUAGCAUUAGCCUAGCACAAGUACCGAGGACAAGAUAAGGAGUCGACGGCGACUGUCCUGAAAUGUUGCCGUUCUUUUGGACCCGUCCGACGUGCAGAUGAACAGCGGCGAAAUGUAAGCGCUGACCCUCCGCAAGUUUCUUCCGAAGCCGUCCGCCGCGUCGUCCCAUAGACUGCGACCUGACGCCAUGAAUCCGUACUCGGCCUACCAGAGGCUCGCCCGCGACCCGGCACAACAAUAUCACGGACCCCCACCCGGCGUGGCUCACGUUGUCAAACCGGAGACGCCGAGCGCGAUUCCCGACUCGCCGUCCCCCGCCCUUCCGGACCCGCGCCGCGUCCUCCAGGCACCCUCCGCUGUGGCGUACGGACCCCGCAAGCUGCCGGACUCGGACGCGCCCCCAAACGUGACGGUUUCGACCUCUACCAUCCCGCUGUCCAUGGCCGGGGGCCCCCAGCGACGACGGGGCAGCGACCUGAGCGGCAUCGUCCACCAAAUAAAUCAACUGUGCCAGGCCCGCGCGGGGGCGGGCGCCACGUCGGUGUGCGAGGGCCAGAUCGCCAACCCCGGCCCCAUCAGUCGAAACCUGCUCAUCGACGCCAGCUCCCGCGUGGCCUCGCCGCACGUCGGCGAACGAGCCGCUCCGCCUCCCGUCGGGCCGCGGCUCGGCCCGCCCGCCGCCAUUUCCCCCGCGGAUGCGGAACGCGUCAGGCGGCGGCGCGUCUGGACCGGACCGGUGGACCCCGAGGGCACCCGCCCCUGCAAGAAUCCUCGUUCGGACCCUCAGAUCGAGCGCACCUUCCCCGCUCGGACGCUUGGCUACCUUUGUGGGCCGGCGCCCCGACCGUCGGGCCCCGUGGGGCCCUAUGCCGACGAGGGCUACGGGUUCCACGCGGCUUUUCGAGCGGGUGCCGGUUACCGGCGACGCGCCGAAACCACCGACCCGGACUUCCUGAUGGGACGCGACUUGGCGACGGGCGGAUUCGCGGAACCCGACGUGGACUCGAGAGACGGGCCUCGGGACGCCGCUUGCGCUCUUUAUCCGGCGUAUCGUUGAAUGUCAAUCGAGCCUUUUCUUACUUUGGGCGCCAAUUCGUGACCGGGCCUUGUCGCAAAGCAGACGAAUACUUUGGGCGUGACGGGAAAGGUGCCAAAUGUGUUUUCUGAGCAAAAUAAAAGUUUUGUCAGCACAUGAUCUUUCAAGACUCUUUUGUCGACACUAAAGGUGGGAACAAUGGGAUUUGCCAUCCGAUAUAACAAUAUAUCGCAAUAUGACGACGCAUGGCUCAGUAAAUCAAUCUGUGAUGUUCAAGAGAAAUACAAGCUAUUUUGUAAUUGGAGUUUUCCUUCAUCCUGGUUAAAGCCUGGUCAUCGUACAGUUUAGCCAAAAACAUACCCAUUCAUUUCUAAUGGCCAAAAUUUCCUAUUCAUUUUCAAUAGAAGAAAUCAUUUCAAUUUACUCCCAUGGAUUUCCAAAGCAAAAAUCUCCAUCCAAAACAUAUCUCUAUGGGUGGUUGUGAUUUUUAUCUAAAAACAUUCCAUUAAAACCCAUUGACAUUGAAUGAAAUGCCCCCAAAUUUAUAGGAAGUGACCCUAAAUUGCCAUCAUCUCAACAGGAAUUGAUUUAUAUCUACUUGUAUGCGUUACGUAGCCUUUGAUUCAGUCAAAGCAAUCAUACAUUCACAUUCUGGUUGCUUUCAUCUUACCAGGACUUCUUUCUCAGAUCAUGCCGGACAGACUCCGCUAAAAUUUGGGUGUUUGUGCCGGUGGUGUAUAGGUAAAAUCUGCUUACC